GGGGGCCCGCGGCUCCCCGGCCCCCGGCCCCGCUGACGUCACCGCAGAGGCGAUAAAUAUCUGUUGAUAUAAUUGGACGUGAGAUUUGGGGUUGCGAUAGCGAAACUCGGCCCAUCGCCGCUCCGACGGGCCCCCAUGAUUUAUUCAGCAGUGGAUCGGGGCACGCAAUCGGGCUGUCAGGAGAGCGUCAGCUUAUUAGGCAAGUUCUGCGUGAUUCCAGGAGAGGGUCUAAGCUAUAAAAAUCCCUCGCCCCGGCUCUGAUUAGGACCAAAUCUGAUCACAAGUUCGCCGGGAGGAGGCUCCGAGGCAGAGCCAGAGGAAGGACGCCGGGCACCGCCAGGCACAGCCGGGCACAGCCGGGCACAGCCGGGCACCGCCGAGCCCCGCCGCCUGCCGCCGCCGCCGCCCCAGGUCUGGCCCCGACCAUGAAGCUCCAGCCGCUGGUGUGCGCGGGGAUCCUGCUGCUCGCCCUGCUGCCCUGCCACGAGUGCCGAGCGCUCAGCAAGAGCCCGGGAGCCGCCCGCGGGGCUCUGCAGCAGCCCGAUUUCUUCCCGCAGCAGCAGCAGCAGCAGCAGCAGCAGCAAACUCUGCCCGUCCUGCUCCGCAUGGGAGAGGAGUACUUCCUACGCCUGGGCCACCUCACCAAGCGCCCCGCCGGCCUUUUCUCCGCCUCCUCCGGCGGCCACCUCCGGCCCGAAGCCUCCGCCGAGUUGUUGCGGGCGGCCGCGGCGCAGCUGCAGCGGUCGGGGAGCCCCGAAGGGGACGAAGGAGCGGGGGAGGCGGUGGAAAGGGAGAAGCGCUCCGAGGAGCCGCCCAUCUCCCUGGACCUGACUUUCCACCUGCUGCGGGAGGUGCUGGAGAUGGCCCGAGCCGAGCAGCUGGCGCAGCAAGCCCACAGCAACAGGAAACUGAUGGAAAUCAUCGGGAAAUGAGGCGGCCCCCCCGCGCCGUGCCAAAGGGACCCCGCGGUCAGCACCAGAGCCAUCACACCGCCCGACGUACCAUAGUGCUGCUCUGAUGUCAUCUCUUUAUUUUUAUAGAGCUUCGAACCCCGAAGGGCGCGCUCCGAGCCGCCGCCCCCCCUCAGCAUGCGCGGACGCGCGGUGCCGCCGGCCCCCCCACCCCGACCCUUAUUUAUUUCUCCAUUUCCCAUAGCGAGAGGGCUCCGCAGGGACGGCCGGGGGCGGCGGGGAGCACGGGGAGCGCCGUGCCGGGGUGGGAGGAGGGAGGGGAACCUCUGUCCGCUACUUCGAGUCCACUUUUACCCCUGUACGACAUUUUCACAAUAAAACAUCUUUUCAGCGCUCGGUCGAUUUUGUUGUGUAAGAGAAUGUUUAAUAUUUAUAUUUUUAAUAAAAGCUGCAAAGGAA